CUGGGCGGUGCUGGUGAAGGAGACGAUGCCGUUAAUCUUCCACAAUCUGUAAUUGAAAAUGUUGGAGGAAAACUUUUUACAUAUGGGUCUUACAGACUAGGAGUACAUACAAAAGGUGCUGAUAUUGAUGCGUUGUGUGUUGCACCAAGACAUGUUGAUCGAAGUGACUUUUUCACCUCAUUCUAUGAUAAGUUGAAAUUAUAGGAAGAAGUAAAAGAUUUAAGAGCUGUUGAAGAGGCAUUUGUGCCAGUUAUCAAACUCUGUUUUGAUGGGAUAGAGACUGAUAUUUUGUUUGCAAGAUUGGCACUGCAGACUAUUCCAGAAGAUUUGGACCUACGGAAUGACAGUCUGCGUAAAAAUUUAGAUAAAAGAUGUAUAAGAAGUCUUAAUGGUUGCAGGGUAACCGAUGAAAUUUUACAUCUAGCACCAAACAUUGACAACUUCAGGUUAACUCUGAGAGCUAUCAAACUGUGGGCCAAACAGCACAACAUCUAUUCCAAUAUGUUAGGUUUCCUCCGUGGUGUUUCCUGGGCUAUGCUAGUAGCAAGAACUUGCCAGCUUUAUCCAAAUGCAAUAACAUCAAUUCUUGUACAUAAAUUUUUCUUGGUGUUUUCUAAAUGGGAAUGGCCAAAUCCAGUGCUAUUGAAACAGCCUGAAGAAUGCAAUCUUAAUUUGCCUGUAUGGGACCCAAGCGUUAGUGUAUUAUUUUUUCCCCUACAAAUCCACACUGUGCAAUAACAAGUAAAAGUCACCUGCAUAAACUCCAGGGAGACUUCUCAGCCUUUUACAAAUGAGUGGACAUGUCUGCAUUACACUUUCUUCUGAUGACCUCAUCUAUCAUUGUCAUCUGAUGUGCGAAGCAUAAUGAUGUACCCUGUAAAUCACCUUUAAUUGUACAUAGUCACACAAAUUUCACUAACAUCUUCACUUAUUCUAUAUAGAACUACCUUGUAAGUUAAAGUUGUGUGGGCAUUUGUGCUUUAAAAAAAGAUAAAAGGACACUAAA